AAUCCCAGCGGGCAUUUUCAAAACAAAAUCUGCACCUGGGUCUAGCUGGGCAAGAGCGGUGGCUGUCUCAGAUCCUCUGUUGUCCGCGUGGGUAACGGUCGGGAUCUUAAAACACGUGGAAAAGGAGGGCAGAGGUGACCUAGUGAUGUGGAAUUCGCUGUUACAGAAGGAAUGAGUUUCAACUUACUGGAUAGUAAGAUUGAGAGAUGGUGUGUGUGUGAAGCGUCGUGUUUGUGAUGUUUAUGGUUCCCGUUUUAUUAAAAUUGCAAUAUAUAUUCGGAAAUACUGGAAUACAAUUUGAAUAUUGGUCUUGUGUGUCGAUUUCAUCCAAGGACAAGUAUUGAUAGGGCUCCUAGUUAUAAAACCAUAUUCUACGGCGAAUACUCAACACCUGUUUGUCAGUGAACACCCAGAAGAAGAAAUAAGGAAAUAAAGAUUAACAAAAGCUUAUAUCAAGGACCAAUAAAAUGGAACUUCAGAAUCGGAAAUGCUGUCAACAGAAAAUGAUAACCUGGCAGAAAAUUGCAACGCUCAUGCUCGUGUUGUCGGCGGCAACAUAUGUGGACGCGACGGCAGCGGGUGACUCGUUGGAGGAGGCGGCUAGUGAGGGGAAACUGCACUAUGAGGUGAUCAUGAGGGAAGCCAAGAUGCCCAAGUAUGGCGACUGCUACCAGAACGCCUUGGAAGAUCUGCACAAUGGCUGUAGCAACCUGGAUGACGAGGUACAGAGCAGACUCGCCCUGUCCUUCACCAAUUGCUACAUGAUGAGGUUCGGCUGGCCCGUGUACCCUUGCCGCGGCGACCAGCAGCUGAGCAAGUGCAUGGAGGGGCUGGAUGCAAGGGCCGCCUCCAUCUACUCCUCCAUGCUCACCAACACCCUUGCCAUGUGCCAUUUCCUCCAGGCUCAGGCGUGGCACCAGUCGACGUCCAGUGCCAUUGAUAAUCUCAGAACUGCCUCUGAGGAUGUGAGUUCCCAGCUGAGUCGGGCGGUGGACUCUGCAACAGCUCUGCGCAAUCAGCUGGACAGUCAGAUGGUGGCUUCCAGGGAGGCGAUUAAAGGGCGUUUUUGCCGAAUUCAGGGAAACGACGGCUGAACAGCGUGGUCUUAUAGUCGACGUUUUCGACCGCGUGUCUCAACUGCAGUCACUCGUCAUGGGGGAAUUUACGUGGUUUUAUUCUGUUGUGUUUUACGUGAGCGGUGUCCUCGUAACACUCGUCGCCACCUGUACCCCGAGGACAGUGAGUGCCCGUCUGCCCUCCUCACUAUCCUCGCCUUUUCCCUCACUCUGGAACGAGCUGUGACUGCCUGGCUGCUCGCGAACACACACGUCGACUCCUUCCAGAUCGAAGUCCACACGGCUGUAUGGGGUAUUCGGCGAGGCUGUGUAUCUGUGUGUCUCCUCUCCCUCAUUCGCGCCGUGCUCUCCUACAGAGACCCCGUUGCAGUCACAGCAGCGCGUCUGGAAGAGCUCGCAUCAGCCACAAGUGAAAUCAAGAAGCUGAUGAAUAAUACACCAGCAGGUGCCUUGGAACUAACCAGCACGACACUGGCCAGUCUAUCUCGGGUCCUAAAUGACAGUGCUUCUUCCGAUGACACGUAUGAGCCCAGUGAUGCCUCGGGUAUCGAAGACCAGUUACUUGAUGAUUAUGAUUUCGAGGAGUCGAGUGGACGGCCGACCUCAAGAUACUCCCUGAGGAGGCGCCAGAACGAUACGAAAGCCCAGAACCCAGUGGUGAGCAUGGAGAGUCCUGAGGCCUUUGGCAGGGCAGUCCGCCGCAUGGAGAACAUUUCCAUGCACCGUUCGCGUGCUCAGGUUCGUCGCCUGUCGAAGAGCACGCAGCAGGCCAGUGUGACGAAGAUUUCAGACAUUUCCUAUGGUCACUUUGCAGACAGGACGAAAGAUUCUGGAAUCGAGUCUCUAUCUGGUUAGAUUUGUGGAUUUUGUUCUCCAUUAUACAAAAAACUCGAGUUUCUACUUGAGCUACUUCCCUUUUAAUCUCUAUUAAACGAUGGUUUCGUAAUUAUAAGUUUUUUGAAAGUGCUAGCAAUGCUGUCUAAUGUAUAAACAUUCACCAGUAACAAUUUACUCUGAUGAUUAUUUGGCUCCUCGUUCAAAAAUGGUCAACUGUACGUUCAUUUUCUAUUACAUGCAAGUACAGAAUGUUAUUAUGUAAUUGACAGUUAGUGGCGAGGCCGUAUUUCCAUGUUAAUUUAAUUAAAACAUAUAAUUCCGGUUUUUAACGUAUCAAAGCACGCAUUUGUUUCGAGUUGUGAAAGUCCUUCCCUAAGUAUUAUUUAUGGAAGGAAUUAUUUCGAACCCUAUGAAGGAUAUUAAAUAAUUGAGCGAUAUAGCUAGAUUUUAAAUACUAAUUUUAAAUAUUGCCAUACAAUUUGAUUGAUGUAUGUAUAUAUCUUCGCUAUUGUACUUAUAUGCAAGGUUUUACAAUUUUGUGAAGUGCUAAUAAAGACUACAUAGGAAGACUGAUAA